AUGCCUUUGUUUUCUACGUUAAACCUCAUGCCCAAAUUGGAUCCUGGUGUGCUUCCGCCAGAGGUCGUAGCGCGUAUCAUGAAGCAUUACUUGGACAUAGCAGCUUUCAAGCCCACUAACGCCAUCAACAGUGGGGAACAACGCGUCCUGAUCAUACGUACAACUAUCUACAUGCAACGAUUACGGCUCAUCUCUCGGGUCUGGGCAAGAGUCGUUCCUUAUUUCCUCUUUGAUUCGGUACGCCUACAGAGUCAAGCAAUGGCACAUCAUCUUCUGGAAGCUUGGCAAGGGUCGAUCCUCAGCUCCCCCCUUUCACCUCUGCGUUCUCUUUCAAUCGAGGACUUAUUCGGUUUCUCUCCAGAUCCCGAAGUUCACAUUCCAGAAAGUGUGUUGGAUCACUGGGGUCGCAGUAUAUCAGUGUAUACAGGUGCCAAGAUUAUCCACACCUUUGGUACAAAUAUCACUAGCCUAUCUUUGAUCUUCGGUAAUUGCAUGAUGGUAUCGGAUGACAUGAUAGAAGCGGUCAAAUACAUCAAAUGUUUGGACAAACUUAGCCUGAUCCGACGGAAUGACUGGCCAAGACGGUUCUGCACCGACACAAAUUCAAUUGCCGAACUGUUGUCUUUCACCCCAACCGUGGAAUCACUCUCUAUGUCAUUACCAUAUUUAGAACCUCACUUCAUGUUCGAUGACUGUCUGCCGUGCUUAAGGCAUUUCUGGUUUGAAUACUUUGCCAGCAGUCGAGUGGCCCUCUCUCAAAUCGUUCGUGCAACAAGCAGAACACUCAACACAAUAGAAUACAACUCUGAGGAUCCAAUAACCAACAGACCAGCUGAAAUUCUAGGGUUAACACGAUCCCACUUAGAAUAUUUGUGUAUUGACAACAUUCCAACGAACUUACCCGAGACCACGUCAUUCACCCUCUUCCCCAAGCUUCGGUGCUUACGAUCGACGUCCUGGCCUGCCAUGGACUUCAGUUUAGAAUGGCUAGAGCGAAGCUUCUUUCGUUUGUUAAGGACUUUGGUUACUAAGUAUAACAACGGUCAUAUAUACUGGUGGCAUGCGCUUCUUUUAAUUCAUGAUGGACACUUUCCAAGGCCGCCCCACUUCAAGCACAUAGUUUUUACCAGCGUAAGAGGCUCAAGUCAGGCUGAUGACGAGUUAGUCUAUGCAUUCGGUAAAUACGACAUAGAUUGCCACUUCAUGCCAGAGCUGAAGUUCGAGGAAAUUUUAUGUUAUGAAACGCUGGUGACCUUAAUUGAUCCCUUUUCUAUGACACACAGGAGCUUGACAUCAAGCUGA